AUGUUUUCUAAACAAGUUCUAAUAUUUUUAUCGAUUUCAUUAAUCGGAUUAAUCAAUGCAAGUUCAAUUGCGGAUGUGAAUAUUCCUAUGGUGUAAGUAAAAACAACUAAUAUCAUGGAUCCACGAAUUAUACGACCUCGAGUGUUUGCACAUUUCUCCGGCUACAGUACAUUUGUGCGCGGCAAAUUCAAACGCAUGAGAAUUUUUUUGAAAAUUUUUUUCUUUUUUUCUGUUUUUUCAUUUCGUGCAUGAAAUAAGAACGUAAACGAAAAAAUGGAGAAAAUGACCAUUUAGUAUAUGAAAGAGCAUGAAAAGUUCUACAAAUCGAUAUCUGUAAAAGUGAGCAAAACGUGAAAAUGGCCGAGACACAAGCGAUGAAAGGAAAAACACACACAAACAAGGCGACACACAAGUUUGAAUUCAAGAUGUGAAAUUAGGUUUUUACUCAUAGAGGGUCGAUUGAGAUGUCCAAUAUAGCAUUCGAAAGCAAAUUUUAUGGCGGAAAAUAUGUAAUGAGUGUUGAUUGUCGUUGCGGAUUUCAAUAUUCAAUAAUGUAUGGCCACCUCGAAAAAUCACGUAUUUUGUCAUGGAUAUGUUUCUUGUCAAUAAAAAUUCGAUAAAUCCUGGAUAAAUAUUGCUGAAAAUGUUGAAAAAAGUUUUCUCUUUCUAUUUCAAGGUAUUCAUGAUUGAAAUAACUAAAGAAAUCAAUCUGAAAAUGUCAAAACCUGGAAAAACUAUUUAAUUUUUAAAGAAAAACUGAUUUUUCACCGUUUUUCAUUGAAAUUUGUUCAACUUUAGAAAUUUUUUCAAUCAUAAAAAAUUUCAUUGUCAAAAACAGAGAAAUAUUUCGAGGAAAUAUACAGAAUUUCUUCCAGAUUGUCACAAAAGUUUCAGUUAACUUCAUUUUUCCAUUUGCAUAUUUCUCUCGCCACUCUCAUUUCAGCAUUGUCUCUCAGUUCUCAGAUUUUGAGCUAAUUUCUGGAAAAAUAUUUGAAUGGAAGUAGAUUCACAAAGAAAAAUAGUUGUAUUAUCGAUAAACAUCGCCAAAUGAAAAUAUAAAUUGAUGAUUUAAAAAUUUUCCUACUACAAAAAGCCUCAAAUUCUAUAUUUGACAUUUUCAGAGCAAUUUCUUCAGUUAUUUCAAUCAUGAAUACCUCGAAAUAGAAAGAGAAAACUUUUUUCAACAUUUUCAGCAAUAUUUAUCCAGGAUUUAUCGAAUUUUUAUUGACAAGAAACAUAUCCAUGACAAAAUACGUGCUUUUUCGAGGUGGCCAUACAUUAUUGAAUAUUGAAAUCCGCAACGACAAUCAACACUCAUUACAUAUUUUCCGCCAUAAAAUUUGCUUUCGAAUGCUAUAUUGGACAUCUCAAUCGACCCUCUAUGAGUAAAAACCUAAUUUCACAUCUUGAAUUCAAACUUGUGUGUCGCCUUGUUUGUGUGUGUUUUUCCUUUCAUCGCUUGUGCCUCGGCCAUUUUCACGUUUUGCUCACUUUUACAGAUAUCGAUUUGUAGAACUUUUCAUGCUCUUUCAUAUACUAAAUGGUCAUUUUCUCCAUUUUUUCGUUUACGUUCAUAUUUCAUGCACGAAAUGAAAAAACAGAAAAAAAGAAAAAAAAUUUCAAAAAAAUUCUCAUGCGUUUGAAUUUGCCGCGCACAAAUGUACUGUAGCCGGAGAAAUGUGCAAACACUCGAGGUCGUAUAAUUCGUGGAUCCAUGCACACCCGUUCAAGCCACGCAAUGAGUGUUUUCUACUGUAAAACGAAACAAAAAACUGUGCAAACACUUUUGUCUAAUUCUCUCUGUUCGCCGUUAUAUUUCGCACUACAGUAUUAAAGGAACAUGAUAAAUUUCAUGCGUUGGGUCUUGUCGCGAUUGCUAACUUUCUUCGCAGGACCCUAAAAAUUACGAAAUGCGUAGUCUCACACAGAUCUCGAUGCGCUGAUUCUAAUGGUAUAUUUAGUUUUGCCACUUAGUUAGCUAAUUCCUUUGCAAAUUGCGGCGCAGUGUGAAUAAAAGAAAUUUCCAAUUUUUUCAUUGUUUGAACGGGUGUGCAUGAUAAGUAAAAACAACUAAAUUGUCGAAUUUGAAAAAUGUGGCAGCCGUAAAAAAUGAAAAACAGUGCAGAGCUGAAUGAAUGACAAAGUCAUUACUUCGUCAGUCGCGUGCGGCUGUGCGUCGCGGCCGAAAAACAAAGGAAAAAAUAAAUAAUUGAUUGUUUUUCGACCGCGACGCACAGCCGCACGCGACUGACGAAGUAAUGACUUUGUCAUCCAUUCAGCUCUGCACUGUUUUUCAUUUUUUACGGCUGCCACAUUUUUCGAAUUCGACAAUAAUAAAUAUUUCAAAAAUUCUCCGAUUUUCAGAUUUCGAAAAGCUUUAAAUCGAUGGAAUAGGGUUAGAGCGAUAAAUUAUCUCCAAUAUUGGCUAGAUCCGCUGAAUUUGACAGUUAUAGUUUGCGGUGAAACUUUAGCAACUGGUUUGUGGCUUUUAGAAGGCUUUCAGAAGGUAACAUGAUUUAUUUAGGUUCUGAUGGGCUUUACACACUGGUCGAUUAUCUCAUUUAUGAGGGAAAUCGAUAUAAUGAUAGUUUCACAAAUAUUACACAAUAUAAGGGGAGGGUAGUCUCAAAAAAAGUGGUUUUUUGCAUAAAACCAGAAAAAAAAUUCGAAAAAUAUAGGACGCAUCAGAAUCAAUUUUGAGGAAGAGAAUUCGAAGAACUGUUAUUUUUGGAGUGUUGGGGUGA